AUGGAAAACAAGCUUGAAGCAAAAGACAAAAGCAUUCAGAAAAGAAUACCACGUUCGGUACCAAAAGGUAAGGAAAAGAACUAUAAGUAUAUGAUUUAUACUGAAGAGAUGGAAAAUGAAGAAGAUAAAGAUAUGGUUAUGUUGCAUUUAGUCAGAAGAAACAACAAAAGCUUUUACGACCUUGCUAAGAUUUACAAAUCUGACAGAAAUUGGUUCUAUCGCGAAAACUUACCGAUUUCAAUGACCCCAAAUGAAGAUGUGAAACAAAUAGUUCAAGAUACGUUACCUCAAACACACUAUGAUAUGAAAGGUUGUACAAUACUUACCUUCAAAGAAGACUUACCGCUACUGAAAGAAAAAAUAACAGAGUAUUUUGACAACUUCAAACAUGUAGGGUAG